AACCCAUGUUAUUCCUGGUGGCUAACAAGUUUCUUUACAUCUAGUACUAAUAUCAUGGAAGCUCUGGAAACUAAUAAACUGCCACGACAGACGACGGCUCCAUCUGCAAAUACAAAUAUACCUAUAAAUACGGAUUCCGUUGACCCGCUCGACAAUUCAUCUGAUAAGGAAAUGACUCCGGCCUCACAACAAGAAAUCAUCAUCAAAAGACUACGAGAAAUCCCCCACGAGAAACUCAAGGAGAUAAUCACCAACCAGAUCGACCUUGAAAUCCGACUCAAACAUAAAGAAUUGAAUUUGAACGACCACGAAAUUAGUAAAAUGGAAUCACAAAUGUUGAUGCUCCGGAAAUUCUUUGAUGUCCCCAACGACGUCAAGAUUAACAAUGAGCCGAACGAUUUCACCAUGAGGUAUUUUGAACUUUUGAAUAAGUCCUUGAAUGCCACCUAUGACAAUAUGAAGCGGUUUCCUGAGGGGAUUCCCAUGGAUGUCCCUCUUCAACACGAUUAUAUUGACGAUUCGGUCCAGACAGAGCCAGUGUCUGUGGGCUCCAAUAUACUAUGCCCGCAGCCGGGUCACGCAUACAGAACCAGAUCUACUACAUCUUCAUUGAGACCGUCAAGUUACACCGCGGCGUCUAGUAUGACAACACCAACCACCAGUGGUGGCAUGGGCAUUAAUUCGGCUAUGGCGAAACCACAAAACUUGGGAUGUUUGUACAGAAGAACCGACGGGAUAAUAGUGAGAUUAACUUGUCCUGAUUGCCAACGAAGUAAUUUCUCGUCAGCCCAGGGGUUUUUGAAUCAUAGUCGAAUCGCCCAUGCCAAGGAGUAUACUUCGCAAGACGCUGCUGCACUUAAGUGCGGAGAGAUAUUGCCGCAGAUUAAACAGGAUGCUGAAGGUGAAGCAAGUUUGCUUAAGUUGGCCGAGAAGGGGGUGGAUCCAAAUCGAAAUUUAAACGUUAAUGAGAUUUACUUUCAUGGAUUGUCGAACACGUUGAAUGCGGUGCAUCAAACGAAAGCCAAGACUGAACGCACGACCCCGCCAGCACCACCGGGCACGACCGGCACCACCAGCGCCGCCGCCGCCGCCAGUACCAGCACCAGCACCAGCACCAGCACGACCACUACCACUACCACAACUACCGCUGCCACCACGUCUGCCACCAACCCACACGGUGCGUCGCUUAACGCAGACAGUGAGUUGUUCAAGAAACUAAUGAAGGAAGGAAAUAUGAAGAAGGAGGAAUACGAAGAACUAAUUAGAGAAACAAAACAACCACUCAACAACCCCCACUUGUUUGAUGAUGAGUUUGAAAUUGACAGUUCUUCGGAAGCGUCAAGCAUCAGUGCACAACCAAGCACUACUUCGCUAGUUGGACUAAACAAACGAAGACAGUCUCGAGGAGGGAUUAAAAUAGCACAGUGUGAACAUGAAUUAAAGGACGAUGAAGAAGUUGAAGAGGGUGAAGAUGUGAAAAGACGUAAGCGAUAGAUAAGUUUAGUUUUAGUUUAUAUAGAUUUAGUGUGCAUACAACACAGGCACACCACUUUGAAAAAUUUAUAUGUGCGGAAGAAAAAAAAAAAAAAUUGCAA